GACUAGGAAAAGAAUGUAUUCGUAUGAAGCGAGUUGAGCAGGGUGGGUGGUUUAUCUUCUUCUUCUCACUCUAGACACUAAAACUAGAGAGAGAAACACUGUGUAUGUGUGUGUGAAAUUAUUAUGGUGUAAAUUCUCUCAUUUAUUUCAGCUUAUUCAAGUAACUUAGCCGGUAAAAAAUGGCCAUCGGCGCGGUCUUUUCUCACCGGAAUUUUACUAAUUUCAUCACCUCAGGUAAAAGUUAUCAACCUGAACAAGCUACAGCAUAUCACAGAGCAGAGAAUUUGAGCAUCUCUUCUGCAAAAUAUGCACAUAGGAUCACUUGCACAGAAACGCUAUACAGUUUAAAGAAGAUUUACUUUGUUUCUGGAUACUGGAAUAGCAUCUCUUCUCACGGUCUUGAUCCUUUUAUGGGUAAUGCGAUGAGAUCCAGAACAGCAUACCUGUCUCAUGGGAUUUAUCCUUCUAAGUUGCCAGAAGAAAGCAAAAAGUUUCACGUGACAGAUCAUAGUGGAAGAGCUAGAAGAAGAUGCAGAUGUUAUGUCUCUGUACCUUCUAAGAGCUGCAACUGGAAUAAUUCGGUACAGCUAAAAAAUAUCAGUAUAUUCGAUCGGCAACCUCUGCAGCCACGACAUACUACUAUUAAUAGAAUCCGGGCAAACUAUAAAUCUGAGGAGUAUGACGUGACAGGAACAGAUCUCAAUUCACUUGUAUCAUCAGAUGGAGGGGCAAGUGAGGCAGUUCUGGUUGGAGAAACAAAACCCUGGUGGGAGCAGUUUCCAAAGCGUUGGGUUAUAGUGUUGCUUUGCUUUACUGCAUUUCUUCUAUGCAAUAUGGACCGUGUGAAUAUGAGCAUAGCAAUACUGCCUAUGUCAAAGGAAUUUAACUGGAACAGUGCUACAGUUGGUCUAAUUCAGUCUUCUUUCUUCUGGGGCUAUUUGCUUACUCAGAUUGUUGGAGGUAUAUGGGCAGACAAAAUAGGUGGUAAGCAAGUACUUGGUUUUGGAGUUGUCUGGUGGUCGUUUGCAACAGUUCUAACACCUAUAGCUGCCAGACUUGGACUUCCUUUCUUACUAGUCGUGCGUGCCUUCAUGGGGAUUGGCGAGGGUGUGGCGAUGCCUGCUAUGAAUAACAUACUCAGCAAGUGGAUUCCUGUCUCAGAGAGAAGUAGGUCGCUGGCAAUGGUAUACACUGGCAUGUAUCUAGGCUCCGUGAUAGGGUUGGGUAUAUCUCCUAUUUUGAUCCAGAAGUUUUCAUGGCCAUCUGUGUUCUACUCAUUUGGUUCCCUUGGAAGUAUCUGGUUUGCUUUUUGGCUGAGCAAAGCUCAUAGUUCACCAAGUGAGGAUCCUGAGAUUAGUGCAGAGGAAAAGAAGUAUAUCUUGGGAGGCAGCGUUCUAAAGCAACCUGUCACCGCCAUUCCAUGGAAACUUAUAUUAUCAAAGGCACCUGUCUGGGCUCUCAUUGUGUCCCACUUUUGUCAUAAUUGGGGAACAUUUAUUAUUCUAACAUGGAUGCCUACCUACUAUAACCAGGUGUUAAAGUUUAACCUUACCGAGUCUGGACUAUUAUGUGUAUUGCCAUGGUUGACUAUGGCUGUCUUUGCGAACAUAGGAGGUUGGAUCGCAGACACACUUAUUAGCAGAGGUCUAUCAAUCACUACCGUCCGUAAGAUAAUGCAGUCAAUCGGAUUCUUGGGCCCUGCUUUCUUUCUUACUCAGUUGAGUCGUGUCAAGACUCCUGCUAUGGCAGUACUUUGUAUGGCUUGCAGUCAGGGAUCUGAUGCAUUCUCACAAUCUGGCCUCUACUCCAAUCACCAAGACAUUGGACCCCGUUAUGCGGGAGUGUUGUUGGGGCUUUCGAACACAGCAGGAGUACUUGCUGGAGUAUUUGGUACAGCCGCAACUGGUUAUAUACUCCAGAACGGUUCUUGGGAUGAUGUGUUCAAAGUAGCUGUUAUUUUGUACCUCAUUGGAACUCUUGUUUGGAAUCUCUUUUCAACUGGUGAGAAAGUUCUUGACUGAAUCAGCACAAUAGAGAAAAUAGAUGAUUUAAAAGGUAAAUCUGCAUACUCAAUUUGGGCCUAGCUUGAUAUAGUCCAUGUCCGGGCUGGACUAGUCAUGGUAUGGUGGACCGCUCUCCAGGCUUGGUGGGUUGUGUUAAGUAUUGAAACAAUGAAAUUUACACGGACUUGAGGCCGUGACUGGUCUGCAGUGCACACUUAAUUUUGUUUCAUAUUCUAAAAGAUAAUUUGUAAGUCGAAAGUAUUUGGCAUCCCUUUUGUAUCCCUCCCCUUUCUUAUAUUAUUUUAUUUUCAGCUUCUUCACAGAUUACAUGUAUUAUAUUGUUGUACGAUGUUAAGAGUUGAGACAUCAAAUUCAACAUGUACCAAAUUUCUGAAAUUAGUAGAUUUACAGGGCAGGGCUUCAUUUCGUAUUA